CGCAGACUGACUCCCGUGACUACAGCCUGGUGACAGCCAGCUGUGGCUUCGGCAAGGAUUUCCGCAAGGGCAUCCUCAAGAAAGGCAUGUGCUACGGGGAUGACGCCUGCUUCGUGGCGCGGCACCGGUCGGCAGACGUGCUCGGGGUAGCGGAUGGCGUAGGUGGCUGGAGAGACUAUGGGGUCGACCCCUCUCAGUUCUCAGGGACUCUAAUGCGAACAUGCGAACGUUUAGUAAAAGAAGGACGGUUUGUACCGAGUAAUCCUGUUGGGAUUCUCACAGCAGGUUACUGUGAGCUGCUGCAGAACAAAGUACCUUUGCUUGGAAGCAGUACAGCUUGCAUAGUAGUUCUGGACAGAACAAGUCAUCGUUUACAUACAGCCAACUUGGGAGAUUCUGGGUUUUUGGUAGUCAGAGGAGGAGAAGUAGUACAUCGGUCUGAUGAGCAACAGCAUUACUUCAACACUCCGUUCCAGCUGUCAAUAGCUCCACCAGAAGCAGAAGGAGUUGUCUUAAGUGACAGCCCCGAUGCUGCUGAUAGUACUUCUUUUGAUGUCCAACUUGGAGACAUUAUUUUGACUGCAACAGAUGGACUGUUUGACAACAUGCCUGACUACAUGAUUCUGCAGGAGUUAAAAAAGCUGAAGAACUCCAACUACGAGAGUAUACAGCAGACUGCCAGAAGCAUUGCGGAGCAAGCUCACGAGCUGGCGUAUGAUCCCACUUACAUGUCGCCGUUUGCACAGUUUGCAUGUGACAAUGGAUUGAAUGUGAGAGGGGGAAAACCAGAUGACAUCACCGUCCUUCUUUCUAUUGUCGCGGAGUACACAGACUGAUGUGCCCGCCGCGUCGGCCUCCGAUGUUCUCGGCAUCCCUCGCUCCCAGCGGCACACCUCCGGUUUCCUGCUGGCAGGAUUGCUUUCCUCCUUCGCAGCCCAUCUCAGCGGCCUGUUCUCACGCUCGUGGCCAGUCCUGAGAUGCAGCUGAAGUCCUCGUCAAGAACCACUCUUGCAGUGCACUGGUCUUCGUCUGCCAGCAAGGAAUGAAGAAGCUCAAGGCUUGAAGCAUGUCUUUCAGAGCUUAGUCCUUGUCCUUAAAAGGGGGAGGAUUGAUGCUGUGUCGUUACUGCAUUGGAAA